GCAGCGCGGUCGGCGGCGGCUGUUUCCCGCCAUUGUGCGAAGUGGAGGCUGCGGCCCGAGCGCCGCGCCCACGGUGGUCAGCACUUCCUCGGCGUCCAACGCCGCCGCGCCCGGAGGCCCCAGCAGGCCGCGGCCCUCGGCCCGCCGUGCGCGGGAGGGCGCGGACGAGGAGCGGCCGAGCCUGUGCGGAGGCCCGCGGGUCGGGUCGGCCCGGCCCUCGGCGACAUGCCCUGCGGAGAGGACUGGCUCAGCCACCCGCUCGGGAUCGUGCAGGGCUUCUUCGCCCAAAAUGGAGUUAAUCCUGACUGGGAAAAGAAAGUUAUUGAAUACUUUAAGGAAAAGCUGAAGGAAAAUAAUGCUCCUAAAUGGGUACCAUCAUUGAAUGAAGUUCCCCUUCAUUAUUUGAAACCUAAUAGUUUUGUAAAAUUUCGCUGCAUGAUCCAGGAUAUGUUUGACCCUGAAUUUUACAUGGGAGUUUAUGAAACGGUUAACCAGAACACAAAAGCACGAGUUCUUCAUUUUGGAAAAUACAGAGAUGUAGCAGAGUGUGGGCCUCAACAAGAACUUGAUUUAAACUCUCCAAGAUCUACCACAUUGGAAAGACAGACUUUCUACUGUGUUCCAGUGCCUGGGGAGUCUACGUGGGUAAAAGAAGCCUACGUCAAUGCAAACCAAGCUCGGGUCAGUCCGUCAACCUCCUACACUCCGAGUCGUCACAAGAGGAGUUAUGAAGAUGAUGAGGACAUGGACCUCCAACCCAAUAAGCAAAAAGAGCAGCACCCAGGUGUCAGGCAAGCAGGGAGUGUUGGUGGUCUUCAGUGGUGUGGAGAGCCAAAACGUUUAGAAACUGAAGCAUCUGCUGGCCAACAGCUGAACUCCUUAAACCUCUCUUCUCCUUUUGAUCUGAAUUUUCCACUGCCAGGAGAGAAGGGUCCCGCUUGCCUGGUGAAGGUCUAUGAAGAUUGGGAUUGUUUCAAAGUAAAUGAUGUUCUUGAAUUAUAUGGCAUAUUGUCCGUAGAUCCAGUGCUAAGUAUACUGAACAAUGAUGAAAGGGACGCCUCUGCACUGCCGGACCCCAUGGAGUGCACCGACACAGCGCAGGAGCAGAGGGUCCACAGUCCUCCCGCUUCCUUGGUGCCAAGAAUUCAUGUAAUUUUAGCCCAGAAACUGCAGCACAUCAAUCCAUUGUUACCCACUUGCCUUAACAAAGAGGAGAGCAGAACCUGUAAGUUCGUGUCAAGUUUCAUGUCCGAGUUGUCCCCAGUCAGAGCAGAGCUGCUUGGGUUCCUCACACACGCGCUUUUGGGAGACAGUUUGGCUGCCGAGUACCUUAUCCUACAUCUCAUCUCCACAGUAUACACAAGAAGAGAUGUUCUUCCACUAGGAAAAUUUACAGUUAACUUGAGUGGUUGCCCACGGAAUAGUACCUUCACAGAACACUUAUAUCGAAUUAUUCAACAUCUUGUUCCAGCAUCUUUUCGUCUCCAGAUGACCAUAGAGAACAUGAACCAUUUGAAAUUCAUUCCCCACAAAGACUAUACAGCCAAUCGCCUGGUCAGUGGCCUGCUGCAGCUGCCCAACAACACGUCCUUGGUCAUCGAUGAAACGCUUCUAGAACAGGGCCAGCUGGACACCCCAGGUGUUCACAACGUUACUGCCCUGAGCAACCUGAUCACGUGGCAGAAAGUGGAUUAUGACUUCAGUUACCACCAGAUGGAGUUCCCCUGCAGCAUCAAUGUUCUCAUCACCUCCGAGGGGCGGUCUCUGCUCCCGGCAGACUGCCAGAUGCACUUACAGCCUCAGCUGAUGCCACCCAACAUGGAGGAGUACAUGAACAGCCUUCUCUCGGCGGUGCUGCCGUCCAUGCUGAACAAGUUCCGCAUCUACCUGACCCUGCUGAGAUUCCUGGACUACAGCAUAUCGGAUGAAAUCACCAAGGCAGUGGAGGAUGACUUCGUGGAAAUGCGGAAGAACGACCCUCAGAGCAUCACCGCGGACGACCUCCACCAGCUGCUCGUGGUAGCACGGUUUCUGUCCCUCAGUGCUGGUCAGACAACACUGUCAAGAGAGCGGUGGCUCAGAGCAAAGCAGCUGGAGUCUUUAAGAAGAAACAGGCUGCAGCAGCAGAAGUGUGUGAAUGGGAAUGAACUGUGAAGUCCUGAGUGACGUCGUUUAUACCACAUUGUUUUAUAGACAAUUUGUAUAAAAACAAUUGACUUUUCCUGAAAUCAAGCCUGGUAACACCUGAUGUUUAUAUGAUACUCAGUAAGGGCUUUUCCCUUACUGAUUUUAUGGAGCUUUUGAAGUUUGUUUUAUAACUAUACAAAUUAGUAAUGAUGUACAAAAUUGUAUUUGAUAUUAAAGGUUUAAUGUUGAUUAAGGUUGCUGGCUAUAGCAUUUCCUUAACUGCAGCUAAGUCCCACAGGCCAGACUGUUGGUAUGCCAGUACAACUUCAUUUAAACAGAACUGUUGCCAUUUCAAAGUUGGAGAAAUUGUGCACUUCAUAAUCCUAGUUCAUAUUUCUUUCCAGUAAUUCUCAGUGGGCCUGAGCAUGUGCAGUAGUCUUAAGUAUGGCAAGUGAAGUGCGCUUACCAUUGAUUCACCUGUGAAUCCUUCAGUAUUUCCUCAAAUACUUGGCCACAGAAACUUUUAUCCACUUAACAGCGGUUAACAUGCCUGGAAAACUAGCCUUUUACACGGAAGUGGCUCCUGCACUUUGAUUUUACAGGUAAUACUUCCAGAAAUUCUUAGGAUUACCCAUUAAUUCUUUCCAGGUGAUCUGAAAGAUCUGAAAGAAAUAACUGUUAUUACUGUUUUUUUUCUUCAUAAAAGGAUAAGAUUCCUUUAUGUGGAAUAAAUGAAGCUAUCAUUUUUCUCAUGCCUUCAGCACAUUUGGGAACAUUUGUUUAUGAGACAGAAGGGAAUGCUUGCUCAUCUAUGACAGUUUGCCCAAAUAUGAAAAGACCAAACAGUAAACUAAACACAAAGUUUCUUUUGGGGUUCUGGGGACUGAAGCCAGGUCUUCUUGAACAUGCUAGGCAAGUGCUACAUUCCCAGCCUAGGAAAAAAGAUUUUUAAUUAUUUUCUUUACAAAUGUUAUUUACUUGGCUUUGAUGAUUAUAUUGGACUUAAAACUUUCUAGUUUAUCAGUUCCAAACGUGUUAGAUCAGUUAACAUCUGCUACUCCAGUAAAUUCUAAAACAAGUGCUUUUUCCCCAGACAAAUUUGUUUCAAUACACAAAUUUUUACGUGAAUAAAAAGUACCAUUACUUAUAGGAAAGAAAGCAAACUACUACAGUAAUAUAAUUGUGGCAACAGAAUGUUCAGGAAGAUGAGAACGUGACUUUUUAAAAUUUCUUUUAGUAACUCUCACAGCUGGAAACAUUAAAUGAUUCCUUAUUGUGUUUUUCCUAUAAGGAAGGCAUUGACAUUGUUAACACCAAGGAAACAGGGUCAGCCUUGAAAAAUCAAGGAAUCAUGCUUAAUGAAGGGAAGUAAAAAUUACUAGCUCACCAUUCUUUUCCUAAAUUCAAAGCUAUUUUUAUAAACUAAUGUAAAUAAUGUUUAUAUUAGGAUUUAACUUUUUCAUUUUUAUUACUGGUAGACAACCCAUCCUUACACUUUUAGAAAUAUAAAAUGCUAAACUGGAUUUGUGAGAAUAAGAUGUAUUUCCUUUGUUCUAAAACAGGUAAUUAGUUACCACGUGUCUAACUGUGCCAAUGUAAAUUGUAAUGUACCAAAGAAAUCAUAAUUUUGCUUGGUCUUUCUUACAGAAAAGUUCCGUUGAACCCUCUUUCCUGUAAAUAAAACUUCCCAAGUUACCAGUA